AUGGCAGGCCCUGCAGCCUCUCCAGAAGUCAUCAAGGCCAUAGCCGACUAUCUCCGCGCCAAGCACUUCUAUCCAACCCCAGCAUGGCUUGCAAGCUUCAUGGCCAGCACUCGACCGAACACCCCCAUGCCCGCUCUGCAACAAACGGCGCUAUUCCGUCUGCUCUCGAGCGACCUGACAAGCUCUGUGCAGCGAACGCCACCCAUUUCCAUCUUCCCGCCCGACAUCUCCAAUCCAGAGAUCAAAGAACGGAAACUUACGGGCCCGGUCGCUGUGCAAGUCCUGGACGUGGAAGACAUCGGCCGCAGCCGAUGGUCGCAAGUCGAAGCCAUCGAAGCGCAGGAACGCGGCGAGAUGACCAAGGGACGGGAAAUCAUUCGCGUCGUAGCGGACGAGUCGACGACUGAUGGUGAGCCUGGCGCGCAAGCAAACACCUCAACCGGCGCUUCUGGCCCCUUCAUGUUCUUGCUGCAGGACGCUGCGGGGACGAAGGCGUUCGCGUUUGACAUGUCGCCCAUGGCGAAUGUGAAUAUGCAGAAGCUCUCUAUCGGAGCGAAGCUCGUCCUUCGGGAUCUUCUAGUGGCGCGGGGCGUUGUGUUGCUUGCGCCGAAUGGUGUAGAGGUGCUAGGUGGCAAGGUCGAAGCGUGGGACACGAAAUGGAAGGCGGAGAGGAAGGCGGCGCUGAAAGGAAAAGCGGACUUGGGCGGCGAGGAUGGGUGA